AUGUACAACCUCAUUACUCAACAUAGGAAGGAAAAGGUGAAGGGUGGUGAUGCAAAUGCUGCAAUAAGCUACCUGAGAGGUAAAGCUGGGAACGAUUCUUAUUUCUUUGGAAAGUACACAUUAAGUAAUGAGAAUCGAUUAGAAAAUUUGUUCUGGGCUGAUGAGACUAGCUGUAUUGAUUAUGAGUGCUUUGGGGAUGUCUUGACAUUUGAUUCGACUUACAAUAGGAACGUCUACAAUAAACCACUUGUGAUAUUUUCUGGUAGCAAUCAUCAUGGGCAGACCGUCAUAUUUGGAUGUUGUCUUCUUGUUAAUGAGGAUAUUUGUUCAUACAAGUGGCUCUUGGAAACUUUUUUGGAAACAAUGGGGAGUAAACACCCUACGGCAGUUGUCACCGACGGAGAUCUUUCAAUGAGAGAAGCCAUUAAAAAGGUUUUUCCUUGUGCAACACAUCAACUAUGUGCAUGGCACUUACAUAGGAAUGCAUGCGAGAAAGUUAAGAACAGUGGAUUUCUGAAUGACUUCAAGAAAUUGAUUUAUGCUAAUGUGAGUGUUGAAGAGUUUCAAGUCAUGUGGGGAGACAUGGUGGCGAGGUAUAACUUAUCAAGCAACUCUUGGGUCGACCAAACUUAUGAGUUGAGGAAUUUAUGGGCUCUUGCAUAUUUGAGGGGCCAAUUUUUUGUGCAAAUCAGGACAACAUCCCAGUGUGAAGGGAUUAACUCUCUAAUAAAAACAUAUGUGAGAAAGAAAGAUACCCUUCUUGAAUUCAUCAAUAACAUGGAGAUCGUUGUUAGCCAUUACAGGAACAAUGAAAGAGUUGCAGAGAAAAUUUAG